AUGAAUGGGAAAUGGCACCAACUACGCCCUGCAAAUCGAGGCGAUCUGCCGCCACUUCUUUUCAAAUACCUAUUGACGUCAAAUGGCUACGAGAUGUAUAUGACUGAUCUUACCAAUAUCUGGUCCGAGCAUUUAAGUCGCGAAAAUAUUCUGAAGAGAGCCGAAAAAGAUGCAGCCACCAUUGAUCCCAAUGAAGAUCAGGAGCAAUAUCAAGUAUUGUUGCGAAAGAUUGGAGACGCACUUCGCAACGAAACGGACACCAAUGUGUACUUGGGUCGUAAAUCAUCGGGAGAUACCUUGGAACUAACCACGUCGACGAAGCUUCCAGCUCCACUAGAACCUCUGGAAUGGUCUGCCUAUCUCUCGAGAGAGCCACAGUCUUCGUUGACACACCAUCUGCUGCUCCCGAUGCUAAAGGCAGAAGCUGGCUGGGAGUCACGGCAGCGAAACCUCAUGGAUCAACUCAACAGGAAAGACUGGGUUCUCGAUAAACUAUUCGAUAAGAUUGAAGCCAUGGGAGUGGACCUGAGUACGAUAUUCCCAGGUAUCUCUGGAUUGCGGACGAGGAAGACAGGAACGACACAGGCACACGCUGCGAAAUACAUCAAAGGCAUUGCACCAUUUGAUGAACAUGCGUGGCUUGAGGAGCAAAAUUCGUUGUCUCCUGAUCUAGGUCUUCCUUCUAACAUACUUGCAGAGUUGUCUAACGCUGAUACCGUGAGACAAAGUGAGUUAUUCCAUCCACCUCCAGAUAAAUGGUGGGAGGGGCUUGCUGCACUCAGCCACGCCACGCUUCCUCGGCACGAUGGUGUUGAUUCAGUCAAGGAUACAAUGCCUCCUAAAGAUGACACGGCAACCGAGACCGACUCUGGUGCAGAAACAGACGACGAUGAUUUUGAACGACAAGAAACACCUCCAAGAUUCAAACAUCCCAAAGACACUGAGGAAAAUCCUCCUGAUUCUAGGGACACACAAAAGACGGACAGCGAACCUUCCGAAACAUCUCCUAGCCCAGCCCGUGCAAAAUCACCCAUGGGCACAUCAAAGGGCCUUGGGGUAAUUGGAGGGCAAAAGUCAUCUAGGAAGCUAGUAACACGAACUUCGCUUUCACCAGACCGUAAAUCCACGACUACUAAGCCGACACAGCCCCAGUCGACACAUAUCCCAUCCACCGAUACCGAUGAGACUGACUCGGGAUCAGACCUUGAAGGAGGAAAUGCAACUUCGCCAGCACCGGCAGCCCGGAAGCCCCUAUCCACAAACAAAUCCGCAGCCAAAAAAAGUGGGUUAGGUGUCAUCGGUGGUAGCAGCGAAGUAAAACAGGGCCUUUCUCGGUCUACAUCACCCGAAUUACCACCAAAGCCUCAAGCCCAAGACAAAACUCCAACAAAGCCACGAGGAUUAGGAGUCAUCGGUGGGAAGAAACGAGAGAAACAACGAACGCCCGCAACUACAUGUCUCAAAUCGCCAGAACCACUGCAAAGCGACUCCAUCACGCACUCGACGCUACCGAAAACGAAAACAAAGCCAGCUGGCAAACUCGGUGUUAUCGGGGGCAAAGGCACCAAACACAUAGCUGUUUCAACUUCAUCUACACCUAGUGUAUCGCCCCGGCCAGAGGAAGAAGCAGCAGCAGCAACAGCAGAAGAAGAUAUCAAAUCAGCCAAAACGGCGGAGUCAAAGGAGAUGCCAGUGAAAUCCCCACCACCGAAAAGUCCGCAGCCAGACACGCGCCUGGAAGAACCAAAGCAGGAAGAAACAGAGCAAGAACGAGCAAACAGGAAACGAGAGGAAUUAAAACGGCAGCUGGAGGCAAAAAGCAAAGCUCCCGCUAAGAAGAAGCGAAGGUUUUAA